ACUUAAAUACCUACUAAAACACAGGGUAAGAGGUUGUGAAAGGCUAAACUUGAAUGAGUGCAGUUGAGUUAGUUGCUCACGUACAAGAGUAUUAUUUUAAUAUAUGUGGGUGACAUACGGGUAAAUUACAUUAAUAAUAAAAAUGUCUUAUAUAGUUACAACUUUAUCCAUAACAGUGCUAUGUUUUACCUUCAUAAACACGGACACACCAUUGAAGUUUUACCAAGAAAAGGAUUUCCAUGAAGCUCAAGAACUAACAGAUGAAAAUAUCAAAGACAUAGCCCAAUUGUCUGAUAGACAACAGUUUAAGAAGGUUCUAGAUGAAAUUCUAAUACCGAGAGUAGUUGGUACUCCUAACCAUGAAAAAGUUGGUAAUUACAUAGCAAACGAGAUGAGAGGCCUAGGUUGGGAUGUCACUGAAGAUGUGUUCCCCGAGAAGACCCCCGUUUUCGGGACAUUAAAUUUCAAGAACAUCAUCGCCAAAUUAAAUCCUAAUGCUGACAGGUAUUUGGUAUUGGCGUGCCAUUACGACAGCAAGUAUACAAGAGAACAUGUUUUUGUCGGGGCGACUGAUUCUGCCGUGCCUUGUGCUAUGAUGAUCAAUCUUGCUGCGGUUAUGUCGAAGCAGUUGGAUAAGUUGAAGAGUUCAUCACCAAGUCUUAUGUUUAUAUUCUUCGACGGUGAAGAGGCGUUCAGGCAAUGGGGACCUAAAGAUUCUAUUUAUGGUGCCAGGCAUUUAGCCAAGAUGUGGCACGGGACUCCGUACAAGGAUGGUGCUAAUCAUUUGCAAAGAAUGGAUGUAUUAGUUCUUUUGGAUCUUCUCGGCUGUCCCGAUCCAGUGUUCUACAGCUACUUCAAGUCCACUGAAAAAUGGUACUUACGAAUGGCAACCGCUGAACAACGGUUAGCGGAACUCGGGCAGAUGUCGGUGUAUUCGCAGGGCAAAGCUGAGCAAACCUACUUCAGGCUCUCUAGCUCGAAUGCUGUCAUCGAGGACGACCAUAUACCGUUUAUGAGGAGAGACGUAGAUAUUCUUCACAUAAUCCCGAAUCCGUUCCCACAAAUAUGGCACACGGCCCACGACGAUAUGACAGCGCUGGAUUUCAAUACCAUAGACAACCUUAACAAGAUCUUCCGAGUGUUUGUGUCUGAAUAUCUUCACUUAACACCCUAGCGGCGGUGGAGAUUUGAGAUGGCCGCAAUCGUCCUAAACACAAUGGAUUUUUAACGAGAAUGUCUUGACGCUUCGUAUUCGUGCAAAAUUAUUUAUAUACUAU